AAGCCGCACUACGAAUUGUAGUUUAAGUAGAAGUUGAAAACGUGAAGAUUUUAUACAUUCUACUUGUGUAUAAUAUACAAGUGAUUAAUUAUGCAAAUUGAAUUGAAACCAACAACAGUUAGUCAAAAAGAAAGACUCAUUGAAUGAGUGACUGACUGAGUGACUGAUACCGUAAUAAGAGUUAAAGGAAAUAUAAAAGGCUUUGAAAAGAAAUAAAUUCUCCCUCGCAAAAAUAAAUAACUCGUACAUCACACACAAGUGGCUUGUUUUUUUUUUCUAUUUUGUAAGAAAUUUCUUAGAAAAAUGUUAGAAAAUGCCAGCAACAUGAUACAUACGCCAACAAAAGAAACAUCAGAAGCAGCAGCCACAUCAUCAAAGGCAAGACUAAUAACUAAAUUUUUUACAACAGAAACAACACAACUUACAAGAGCAGCCACAAAAGCAGCAACAAUAUUAGCACUGCCACCAGCACGACAAACAGCAACGGCAACAUCAACAAUAUCACCAGCACCGGAAUCGACAACAACAACUCUAACACAUUCAGCACUUUUGGGUUUAACAACUAGAACUUCUUUAAAAACGUUAAUAACCAAGGAUACCACUUUAACAACAUCGUUAUCAGCCUCAUCGUCAUUAUUAGCAACAACAACAACAAGAAAAACUAAAGUUAAAGCAGCAUCGACAGCAGCAACUUUAAGAGCUAAAGAAAUUUUAACAAAUUUAACACCAGCGUACUUUUUAACAACUUUAGCAGCAGCUAUAGCAACGAAUGUCAAACAUAGCAACAGUAGAAGCAAUAGUAGCAACAGCAACUACUACAACAACAAUAGCAAAUAUAGUAGUUGGACGAAUAGCAAAAAUAACCAGGCAACAAACAAAAACGUCAGUUGUCACAUGAUUCAACACAACGACAAGAAUAAAAUCUACCACAUGCUUUCAUUAAAUCACCAAAAUUGCACAAAUGUUUUACAACAUCAUCAGCAACAACAAAAAGAACAACAGCAACAUUAUAGCAGGCCUCAACGACCAUGUAGCAACAAACAUUUACAGCAGCAGCAAAAAAUAAAACAAUUCUUGUUAUUGCUAACAUGUUUUGUGGCAAUCAUCACAAUAUUCUCUUUGCCACAUUUAUCCAUAGCAGCAACAACAUCACACAUGUCAACGACCUAUGCAACACCCACAAUAACAAUAACAAAUGCAACAACACAAGAACAACUCAUGUUGUUUUCAUCCUCCUCCUCCUCCUCUACAGACUCGUCAAGUGACAAUGUAAGCAAAGAUGAUGUUGACAACAGCUAUAGUAACAGCAACAAAAACAAGUUUGCUGACAACAUUGAUAAUGUUGAUGAUGAUUUAACAUCCUUUUCACCAUUAGCAACAACUUUUGAAAAUUCACUUAGAGACAUUAGAUCAAGCAUCAGCAGCAGUAGUAGGCUAAGUUCACUUGAAAAUCAUAUUGUUACACGUUUAAUACGCUCCUUGGAUGGAAGUGGUAACAGUGGUGGUGUAGGAAGAGGAAGUGGUGGUACUUCAUCUCUAUUCAGUCCCUCACCAGGUGGUUCGUCUGGUUUAACAAAUAUUUUCAAUCAAAAUCUAGACACUGGUCUAAGUAAUAACAUUGAAUGUCCAAGUUUUGAUGAAAGUUCAGCGUGUCCCUGUUACAAAUUCGAAGAUGGUUUAUUUCUUGAAUGUCCUGGUACAACGGCAACAUCAUUACGUACCACACUGGAGCGCAUUUCAUCACCCAUACAUUCAUUAUCCAUUUAUGAUUUUGAUCGUUCGGUCACGUCCCUAUCACAGGAUGUCUUUCAACCGGGUGUCAAUAUAAGACAUCUACAAUUUUCCCAUUCACAUUUGGAAACAUUAAAAGAAAAUAGUCUCAAAAAUGUACGUGCAUCUUUGGAAUCGUUGAGCAUCGUUAAUGGUAAAUUAACACAGUUACCAUCGGGAGCAUUAAAUUCCAUGCAUAAAUUAAGUGCAUUAGAUUUCGAUUACAAUGAAAUCUCCAACAUUAAAGACUACAGUUUCUAUGGUCUACGUCUCUCCAAGUUGAAUAUGAAGGGAAAUCGUUUGCAGGGCAUACCCGAACAUGGUUUUGUGGGUUUGGAGGAAUCGAUACAGGAAAUUGAUAUAUCCGAAAAUAGUCUAAGAACAUUUCCCCUAUUGGCCUUAAGGAAACUAGACUAUUUACGUAUAUUACGUUUGUCCAAUAAUAAAAUCUCUACAUUCUAUGGUGACAUACAGAUGGCAACAAAUAAUGCCAGUGCAGCAGCGGCCUUAAGAUUACCCUCCUUGACAUUUUUGGAUUUGAGUUCAAAUCAAUUUACCGAAAUUGGUGAUGAUUGUUUUAGAACAUUUCCUCAGCUGAAAACUCUAUCCAUGUAUGCCAAUCAAAUAGAAGUGGUUAAGCCGGAGGCUUUUAAAAGUUUGAAAGAGCUAAUGUCCUUGGAUAUGUCACACAAUCGUAUUAUCACUUUGGAUGCCAAAAUAUUCGAUAAGAAUAAGAGAUUGCAAACGGUGGAUUUAUCGCAUAAUCAUAUACAUUCCAUAAAUGGUGUUUUCUCGAAUUUACCACAAUUAAGGGAAAUAUUUUUAUCGGAAAAUAAUAUCUUAGAAUUACCAGCAGAUGCCUUUACGAAUUCUUCAAAUGUGGAAGUUAUCUAUUUAGAGUCCAAUGCCGUAGCCCAUGUAGAUCCUAAUGUUUUUUCUACUUUGGUCAAUUUAGAUCAUUUAUAUUUAAGAGCAAAUUUUAUACCCCUAAUACCCGUCACUUUAUUAGAUAAAUGUCAUAAAUUGUCUUCUUUAUCGCUGGAUAACAACGAAAUACAAGAUUUGGAAAUUGGCAUGUUUCGCAAGUUGGAAUUUUUAAGAGAAGUGAGACUGCAUAACAAUCGUAUAAGACGUAUACGCAAGGGGGUAUUUGAACCUUUGCCGGCCCUGCAGGAAUUGCAUGUUCAAAAGAAUAAUAUUGAGGAUAUAGAACCGGGUGCAUUUCAGACUUUAAGCAAUCUGCAGCACAUAAAUCUACAAGACAAUCAACUAACCGUUUUAGAGGAUAUAUUUCCCAAGGAAAAAGAGAAUUCUUCUCUCCUCACCAUACAAUUGGAAACCAAUUAUUUGCACAAGAUUCAUGCGAAAACCUUUAAGAAUCAAGAUAAAAUACAAAUAAUGUGGUUAAGCUAUAACGAAUUGACUCGUGUAGAGAAAUCUAUGUUUGAGGAUCAACAGGAUUUGGCACGUUUGUAUUUGAGUCAUAACUUUAUACGUGAUAUAGACCGUGAAACUUUUUCAAAGUUGAAAAAUUUAAAGUUUUUGGAUUUGAGCUUUAAUCGUUUGAAGCAAUUGAGAAGAGAUUACUUUGCAGCUUUAGUGAGUUUGGAGGAAUUGUCAUUAUCACAAAACUAUAUAGAAGCCAUAGAAGGUUAUGCCUUUAAUAAACUGAAAAGUCUUAAAAUAUUAGAUCUCUCUAAUAACCCCAUUUAUCAAAUAACUAAUGAUGUUUUCUUGGAAGAUUUGCCUUUGACACAUUUGAAUUUGAGAAACACUUCUUUAAGAAAAAUCGAAAUGAAUACUUUCAAGUCGUUGCAGAAUUUAAAUGAUCUUAAUUUGGAAUGGAAUUUAUUAAGUCCCAUGGAUAUACAAAAACUAGAGAUACCCGGCUUAAGAACCUUGUAUUUGUCGCAUAAUAAUUUUACUCAUGUGGGUGGUAAGAUUAUAUCCAAUAUGUUUGAUAAAUUAAGAUCCCUGCAGCACUUGACCAUGGCUAAUUGCAGUUUAUCUUCUUUGCCCGAGGAUAUGUUUAUUAAAAAUACCAAUUUGGUUAAAUUGGAUUUAUGUGAUAAUGUCUUAUCUACCAUGGAUCGUAAUCUGUUUUAUGGUCUUAAUGUCUUUAAAGAAUUGAAAGUGUGUCGCAAUAGUUUAAGCGAAUUUCCUCAUAUUGCUUUAUAUAACCUAAGUACUUUGGAAAUGUUGGAUUUGUCACGUAAUCAAUUUUCUACCAUAGAUUUCUAUAAGCUGAGCGGUACCAUAAAUCUAAGACAUUUAAAUUUAAAGGACAAUAAAAUCACUUCCUUGACGGGCUUUAAUGCGGUAAAUUUAACCCAAUUGGAUACUGUGGAUUUAAGUGGCAAUUUAUUGCUGUCUUUGCCUGCCAAUUUCCUCAGACAUUCUAUAAAUUUGCAAAAAGUUGAUUUGUCCAGUAAUCGUUUUCUUCAAAUACCUAGCUCGGCUUUAUCGGAUAUAUCUAUACCUAGACUGUCAUGGCUGAAUUUAACCGGUAACCCCAUUAACAAAAUCUAUACAGUGAAAGAGGAAAGAUAUCCUUAUCUUAAGGAAUUGUAUAUAUGCCAAACAAAUCUGUCCAUCCUAACCUCCAAAGACUUUGAAGCCUUCCAAGCUUUACAGCACUUGCAUUUAGUCAACAAUCGUAUAACUCGCAUUUCGCCAGGAGCCUUUAAGGGUUUAACUAAUCUCCUUACUUUGGAUAUUAGUGUUAAUGAAUUGGAAUUGCUGCCCAAAGAACGUUUGUUGGGUUUAAAACUCUUACGUGUUUUGAAUAUAUCCAAUAAUGUUUUAAAGGAUUUGGAAGAGUUUAGCCCCGAUUUGGCUCAAUUACAAGUUUUUGAUUUAUCUUUCAAUCAAUUGGAUCGUAUAUCGAGAAAAACUUUCCGAAAUCUUCAUAGUUUGGUGGAAUUGUAUUUGAUGGGCAAUCGUAUGACUGUGCUGUCAACUGAUGCUUUCCGAUAUUUGCGUAAAUUACAUGUUUUGGACUUGAGAAAGAAUUACUUUGAACUGAUUCCAAUUGAGGCUUUGCAGCCGCUGGAAACGAAUAUUAAAACUUUGAGAUUGGAAGAAAAUCCACUGCAUUGCAGUUGUGAUGCACAAAAACUAUGGGAAUGGUUGCGUGAUCAUCGCAAAUGGUCUUCCUCCACAGCCAGUUUAACAUCAUCUUCCGCCUCGACAUCGAUUGUAACGUCAAGCUUAAUGUCGCCCUCAUCAUCAGGAGCAUCAUCAGCAUCGGUAAUGAUGUCAUCGAAUGAUAAUUUAAAUUAUCUAAGGUGCGAACAUCCGGCUGAGUUGCGUGGCAAGAUAUUUGCCAAAAUGGAGCCACAACAAUUCUGUGAUGCACCAUUAAUACCGAAAAUUGCCAUACAGGAUAUACAGCCAUAUUCCGUUAUUGUAUCCUGGCAAAGCCGUGAGCAUUUAGGAUUAAACGGCUAUGAAAUUGUUUACCAUGCUACUAGUGAUACAAGUGGUGGUGGUGGCGGAGGUACUACAACUGGUGGCAGUGGCGGUGGUGUUGGCAGCAGUAGUGGAGGUGGUAUGGGUGGUCCAGCUGAUAUAGAUGAGAUACGCGGCAAACGUUUAAAUGGCUCUGCCAAUUCGGCGAAAUUAACAAAACUUAGCCCAAAUACACGUUACCACAUUUGUGUUAUCGGUACCGGUAAUUGGCUAUCGGAGCCUGUAGCCAUUGCUUUACAAAGGAUACACUUUAAUGACACCUUCCUUAUGCCAAGAGACGAACCAUCGUCGUCAUCAUCAGCAGGCUCUGUUUAUACUGAUUCUUCAUCAGCUCAACAAACAACAUCAUCGUCGUCAUCAUCAACUUCUUCGUCGUCGUCAUAUACACCUUAUCACCUUUCAUACACGGGAAGCUUUUACAAUACAGAUGGCAUUAUGACCUUUGGCGAGCACUCAUCGUUGGCCCAGCCACAACAACAACAGGCAUUAAUCGAAAACACUAUUAUCACAGACAAUGCUCUGCAGGAAGUGUUGAAAAAUUCACGUUUCUCCACCUGCACGGAUGUACAAACACUGGACUCUACACCCAGCGUAAUCACAGACGAAAAUGGUCUGGCCACCAAUGGCUUCAUACACUCAAUACUAACACGACGUCUGGGCUUAAUAGUGGGCUGCUGUCUGGGCAUCAUCGUGUUUAUUGUGAUGAUUUCAGUGCUCAGCUAUGUAAAGCUGAAGAAGCAACGUAUUGAAAAUGCUAAGAGACAGGCAAAUAUGCCACCUGAUUAUAUGUCUUAUCGUCAUUUCUCAAUACCCAACGAGGAGUUGUUGAGAAUGGGCGUGAAUACAAGCGGCACGAUUAUGUCAAGUGUGCCAAGUGGCAUCAGUGCUCAUAUAAGUGGCACUAGUUUAAGCACUAGUGCUACAACAACAGCAACGGCCACUACACCAAUUGGUAUAUUAAAAAUAACAGAAAAUAGUAGUGUGGGUGGAGGAGUUGGUGGGGGUAGUGUUGGGACAAAUGCGAAUCUAACCAGUAUUACAGCAACAACAGCAAACUCAGCGACUGCCGGUAAUGCGGUUAUUGCCGGUGGCAAUGGUACUUUAAAUUUAACCACAUCAACCACAAUUGCUACGUCGUCCUUGGCAUCAUCAGCAUCAGCAUCGACUCCAGCAACGGCUUCAACAAACGUUGAUGUUGUAGCAGCCACAGCAGCAACAACAACACUUGCAAAUAACCACAAUAAUCAUCAACAUCAUCAUCAUCUGCACCAUCAUCACAAUCACCAGCAACAACAUCCUCAGCAUCAGCAACACUAUCAAGGCAAUGGCAAUGUUGUUGGUUACAUGGCAGCGGGUGUAGUAUUAGGAGCAAAUCAUUUGAAUAACGUCGCUUGUUAGUACUCGUAGUAAAUAGUAAGUUGAGGUUUAAUUCAAAAUAAAACUUUAAAAAUAAAUUAAAAAACACAAAACAAAACAGAAAAAUAUAAAACUCUAUAAUAAUAUCUAUGUACGUAAGUAGUUUAAGUGUGUUUGUGUAUGUAUGUGUAAGUAUAAAUGUUUAAGAAGUUGUAUGUAUGGAAGAGUGUGUGUCUGUGGGAUUAUAAUUUGGUCCUUCCUAUCAUUUGUGCCAUUUCAACAAUUUCAUAUUUUUGAUGUUUUGUCUUUAUAAUUUUGUAUGGAUAUUUUUUGUUCUUAGGGAGAAGCAUUUUCAUUUAUGAAUUAUACCUCAAAGGUUUUUCUUUAUCUUCAGUUGAUACAGAGCUUAAGUUGAUAUUUUAAAUUUUGCUUAUUCUUACUAUUUCUUAAUUUAGGUCUUUUGUUUAUUUUCUUGUUAGUGGUGCACAGUGGGAUGAUUUCGAAAAAAAAAAAAAUGGAAAAAUAUGUAAUCCAUGACCGCUUAGUCUAAUUUUUAAUGAAAAGAUAAUUUACGAAAAUAUUCUAUAGAAAGAUAAUUCUAUAAACAUUUUCUUUAGAAAGAAAAUUUAACGAAAAAAAUUAUAGAAAAUUUUGAUUUGAAAAAAAACUUUUUAAAACGAAAAUUUAAUAAAAAAAUUGUUUAGAAUUUAUGGAAAUCUGUGGAUCUAUUAGAUGCAAUUCAAAAUCUUAAUUACUCAUUGAACAUAAAAAGCCUUGAUUAUUUACAAAUUGUAUAUUUACUUUCCAUGUUUUUUCGAAACGUUCCCACUGUGCCGCCUUAAACAUAUUAAAAUUUCAACUGCCCUUUAAUAGUGUAAUCAACUCUAUUCUCCUACGAAAAAAAAUCUAAGAAAAUAAGUAAUAGGCAUUUUAAGUUUUUCUUAAUUUUCCCCAGUCAAGUAUAUUUUUACUUUCAAAAAGGUAAAUUAGAUUAAAAACGAUUAAGUUAAGAUUGAGAGAGAAAGAUAAAAAUGUAUGUAGGUGGUCUGAUGGUAAUGAAAAAAUCUUUAACAGAUUUGUGUUACGACUUCUUUGUGCCAACAAUUUAUGAUAAUUUAUAAUAAUUGUUUCUUUCCAAGGAGAUGGAAAUCUUAAGAAAGAAACUUGAAAGAGUUUAGUGUAAUCCAAUCACAGGGGUACUUUAUAGUUUAAAUAAAGCAAUUCAAGUUGUUGAAUAAAAAGAAGAAAAAUCAUUUUUCUUUAUAAUAGUAAAUCCAAUUAACUAUAAAAGAAUUUCAAAAAAAUUUUAAAUCGAUUUCUUUUAGCUGGUUUAUUAACUAAUAAAAAGGAAUUUAACUUAUAACCUCGCAAAUUACAUGUAUUGGCUUAAAUGAAGACAAUUUUUUAAUCACUUAUUAAAGUAGUUUUCUUGAAAUUUAGCACUGCAUGCAUUUACAUAUUUUCAAAAUGGACCACAUUGAAAACUCUCCGUCUUAAGAAAAUGCCAAAAAAACUUUAGGAUUAUAUAAAUUGUAUUACCGAUUUAAUUUGAAAGUUGUGAGUUUUACAAUAAAACUGAUAUUCCAAAAUAUUUUAGAUUAAUUGUGUCA